AUGAUUAAUGGGAAGUCGUUUAGAGGAUUUUUAGGUAUACCUUAUGCCAAACCGCCAGUUGGAAAUCUAAGAUUUAAGCCUCCUCAAAAACUUGAUGAUUGGACUGAUGUUCGACCAGCUACUGAAGAAGCAAAUGGUUGCAGAUCGAAGCAUAUGUUGCAGCAUCAUAUAAUUGGAGACGAAGACUGUUUAUACCUGAACGUAUAUGUUCCUCUAACAUCAAAAUUGGGAAAACUACCAGUAAUGUUCUGGAUCCAUGGAGGAGGAUUUAUUUCUGGUUCAUCACACAGUGAUAUGUAUGGUCCUGAUUAUUUCAUGGACUACGAUGUCAUACUUGUAACUUUCAAUUAUCGUUUGGGACCUCUUGGUUUUUUAAACCUAGAUCUGGAAGACUGUCCUGGAAACGUUGGACUUAUGGACCAGGUUGCAGCUUUAAAAUGGACAAAAGACAACAUUUCGAAAUUCCAUGGUGACCCAGAAAACAUCACAAUUUUUGGUCAAUCUGCAGGAGCUGCCAGUGUGCACUAUUUGAUGCUUUCUGAUACUACAAAAAAUCUUUUUCACAAAGCCAUUGCACAAAGUGGAAGUGCUUUAAAUCCAUGGGCUUUCCAAAAAAAUCACGUGCAAAAUGCUUUUGCAAUGUGCAGAGCCUUGGGUAAUUUUACCAGAAAUUCUAAAGAAGCCUUAGAGUUUCUUAGGAGUGUACCAGUUGAUGACAUGUUGAAUGCCAAGAUACCUCAGGCUGUCAAAAAUCAAAUAAUGACUGAUUUUGUUUACGUGCCGUCUUUGGAAAAGAAAUUUGCUACCCAUGAACCAUUUUUGACAGAAGCACCCUUGCAAAGGAUGUUGCAAGGAAAAUACCACAAAGUACCAUUUAUCACAGGAUUUAAUGAUGCCGAAGGCAUCUACUCCUGCACAGAAUUCUCUCAAAAUUCAGACGCGUUCUCCAAACAUGAUGUAGAUUUUGAAAUGUUUGUUCCAUCAGACUUGUCUUCAUCUCUGAGAUCUCAGGCUUCUAUUAAAAUUGCAAAAAAUAUGAAAGAAUUCUACUUCAGCAACGAGCCAGUAUCAGCAAAAAACAUUGAUAACUUUGUCAAUAUCAUCACAGAUAUUUGGAACGUUAGAGGGAUUAACGAUAAUGUGAAACUUAUGAUCAAACAUUCACCAGAUAAUCCGAUUUUUUAUUAUGAAUAUAUUUUUGAUGACUUUGGAUUUAUGAAGGCGAUGUUGGGUGAUAUUGACAUUACAGGAGCUUGCCAUGGUGACGAACUUGGUUAUUUAUUUAAAAAUGAAAUUGUGCAGUUUCCACAGAAUAUACCAAGUACCAAGUUGAAUCAGAAGAGGCUUUUGCAGUUGUGGACGAAUUUUGCAAAAUUUGAGAAUCCCACAGAAGUAACAAAUGAUGUUAUACCAGUUAAAUGGGAGCAAGUUACUAAAAACAAACUUAAUUAUCUAUCCAUUGGAAAUAUUCUUGCCAUGAGUACAAAUCCACUUCAGAAUAGAGUUCAAUUUUGGGAAAACAUGACUAAAUAA